UGUUUGACAUAUGUUAAUUUCGGUUCUAGAACUCUAGAAUCCUGAGUCAGAUUCUCUCUGGAGCUCAGAUCUCUUCACUCAGAACACACUCUGCUCAUUUGUGCCAGAGAGAUCAACCGUGUCAGACUGCUUUUCGCAUCUAUUGUUGAACUUAAACCUGUGAAUUUUUACAUUGUCGCUUUGCCUGUUUUGUUUGUUGUGUAUUGUGACAUACAGCAACAACUUCUCAAUGGAGUUCAUUGAAGGAAGUAGAGGAGUCUACAGACCCAUCAGGGUGUUGUUUGAUACACCCAUCUAUGAUCGGGCUCUGCAGCUCUGCUGGAACAUAAACAGCUACAAGUCUAAGAUUGCAUUGUUGAGAACACUGCUCAGGCUUCAGGAAGCUUACCAGAUCCCAUCUCAGGUGACUCCUGAAGACAUGAUCCACUUCCUCAUGGAAGAAAGCAAGAAUACUCUGAGAGAACGCCUUUGGGAGUUUGAACUUGAGGACUUUGAUGAGGAGGACGCCAAACCUCUGCUGAUGCUGGUGUGGGCUGUAAAUAUGAGCAACAAGAUGAGGGACAUUGAGUUUGAAGCCCAGAUGCUCCUCAACUCCUCAGAGCCCUUACCUCCAAAAUUUCAAAAUCCUAAACUCUUCAACGCGGCGCUCAAGUACGCCAAGAUCCUGAGAACCAAUCAUGUGGCUCCCAGCUCCAAAGUCCUCAGUCCUCAAGACGUGGUGUUGGAAGUUGUCCCCAGAGUCCUGCAGGGCUUCUGGGCACUUCCUCACCGUCCCCUCUUAAACAUGCCUUCCCAGAAACUCAGCACAAUGUCUGUUGGGGUUACAAAGGCCGUCUUGGACCGAGUCACUGGCGCUCUCACCGGUGUGGAAGGUCAGACCACCUUCUCCCGCUCCAUCAGGGACGACGUGGUCCUGUCCAUCCUGACAACCAUCAGACAGACGCACCCACUCCACAUCCUGGUGAACAGGAUCAAGAGCUUCUCACCAGAGCUGCUCAGUGAAAUUGUUGAUGUUGCAGCGGAACAGAUUUGUGAGAUGUUUCAUCCCAAGAGCCCCAAAGUGCCGGCUGCUCUGAGUCCUGCUGCUGAACCUCCUGCCACCGCUCCAGUCCAGGAAGACUCCAACCUGACUGUGACACCCAGUCCAGAGACAAACCCUGCUGUGGUGUCCACUCCACCAGCUUCACCAGCACCUCCUGUGGAACCUCCAUCUGUUACUGAUGUGGAGACCAGGAAAGAUGAAUGUGACAAACCAAGCCUGGAGAACAACCCAGAACCCACCAGAGAACCAGACUCUGCUGCUGUUCCAGCCUCUCCAGCACCCCCUGUGGAACCUCCAUCCAUGACUGUUGUUGAGACCAGGGAGGAUGAAAGAGACAAUUCUGGCCUUGGAAAUGACCCAGAACCCACCAGAGACCCAGACUCUGCUGUGGUUCCACCUGCUUUGACCCCUCCUGUGGAACCUCCAUCCAUUACUCAUGUUGAGACCAGGAAAGCCGAAUGUGACAAACCUUGUACUGAAAAUGACCCAGAACCCUCCAGAGACCCAGACUCUGCUGUGGUUCCACCUAUUAUGACCCCCCCUGCUGAACCUUCAUCUGCUUCUGAAGUUGAGACAAGUGAAGAUAAAAAUGAUGAACCCAACCUGGAGAAUGAACCCGAACCCACAGAAGAACCAGAAACUGCUGCUGCUCCUGUUCUUUUGACUUCUCCUGCUGAACCUCCAUUAAUUUCUGAUGUCCAGACCAGAGAGGAUGAAAAUGAUAACUCUGUUGUGACUCCAGCUCCUCCUGCCCCACUGACCCCUCCUGCUGAUCCUGUGAUCAUUACUGCAAGCCCAGCUGUAACAGAGCAGCCAACCUCCAGACCUCCACCAGCUCCUCAGACGUCCCCUACAGAACCUCCUCAAGUCACUGAUGUCCAGGACUGGGAGGAUACAAGCAUAGAAGAGGGCUCAGAAGCCACCAGAGAACCAGUCUCUCCUGUGGUUCCUCCUCUUUUAACAUCACCAGCUGAACCUCCAACAAUUUCUGAUUUUCAAGCCAGGGAUGAAGAAAAAGAUAAGCCAAGCUUUGGUAAAAACCUAAAGCCCACCAGAGAACCAGACUCUGCUGUUACUCCAGCUCCUCCGGCUCCACUGACCCCUCCUGUUGAACCUGUGAUCAUUACUGCAGUGCAGGACGGUCUGACCAGCAGCCCAGCUGUAACAGAGCAGCCCACCUCCAGACCUCCACAAAGCAUAGAUAUAAGCACAGAAGAGGACUCAGAAGCUACCAAAGAACCAGACUCUGUUCCUCCAGCUUCAUGGUCUCCUCAGACCCCUCCUCUGGAAGAGAAGAGACCGCAGGGCUUCUUCAGCUGGCUCGCUCAACUAUUCUGCUGCUGCUUUAGAGCCAGUGACACACUGAGUUAAUGUGUCUAACUAUUAAAUGAACAUAUAAUACAAUAAAAUGUUUCAUUUUAAAAAAUUUAAAAAUUGUUGUCACGUGUCAAAUGUUUAAAAACUUUACUGUAUGAUUAAAUAUAUUUAAUUCACAAUUCAAUGUGCAAGUGCAAAUGUUUCAUCAGUGUAAAUGUUUUCAUCUCUCUCACAAUCCACAAAUACUGAUACAAGAUAGCAUUAACUGCAAAAAUAUUACUCAAUUGUUAUCCACGAUAAAAGGCUAAAAGUAUGAAAAAGGAAGUGUGCACAAUGUC